ACCCAUUAAAAAGCACCCCAGAAGAAAGGCGCCUUUGCUUCCCUCUCGUAUCGUAGCGACGGCCUUUUCUUCUCCGCUCCGCUCAGACAAGCAGCAGCAACUUGCUCCUCUCGCCUCCUCUAGUUCUUCUUCCUUGUCUAGGAGUAGGAGUGUAGGAGUCGUCGUCUUCCUCCACGGGCACGGAGAAGGAGAAAGGAGGGAUAACACACACGCAUCCGCCGCCAUCGUUGCUUCUUCACGGCGAGCUAGUAUUAUAUUCAUGGAGCAGGGGCAAGGAGGGAGGAGGCGGCAGAUCCCGGCGUUCGGGAGGUGGAACCAGCACAGCGACGACGACGACGUGCCCAUCACGCACUACUUCGAGUCCGCGGUGCAGGCCGGCCUCCUCGUCAGGCCCGGUGGCCACUGCUACCACGCCGCCGCCGCCGGCGAGCUGGUGCUGUUCAGGUCCUCCGCCUCGCCGCCUCCACACAAGCCGGCCAAGAAGGUGCGGAGCACGACGACGAUGGAGAGUAACGGUCACCACCAGCAGCUUGAGGCGGGGAGCAGGAGGCAACCGCAGCGGCAGGAGGCGUUCGUGGCCGGCGACGGCGGGUCCCGCGCGGCGGCGAGGCCGAGGAGGCCGCGGGUCGUUAGGGCGGCGGUGGACGAGGACCUGUACAAGGUGCCUUCCGAUAUGCUGCGCAAGAAGAAAGGGAGGAAGCAUGUGAGGAGCAUGUGGAUGGGCUGCGUGGGCCUCAACUGCGUCGCCUGACCAGACACGACCCGACGGAGCUUCCGCCGUACCGGUAGCCUUUUCUUCCAGCUUUUUCGCGUCGCAUGGAAACAAGAGACACGACGACCCGGCGGCCAGGACGGACCAAUGUGCAUGCACAUCCAUCCAAAAGCCCAGCAACUAGCUGCUCCUGUUCCAUUCCAUCCACCGGACGAUCGUCAGUCACCACCACGUCGUCGUCGGACACACACCUUGCUGUGUGUCGUGCUCCAUGCACCGACGACGUCAGUCGUCACCUUCUUCCUGCUUGCCGUGUGGCCGUACGUGCUCUUGUUCCCGUUGGACACACAGCGAGUCCGUGUUGCUUGCACCCUGUGGACAACGCAAGAGCUAACGUGAUGCCUGCCGUCCGUCCAUCCGGAUGUCGCACAUGUACAUUAUUGCCUGUUGGUGUCAUGUACUUUACGUAUGGUAUAUGGGUAGCUGAUGAGUUUAUUGUGGGCGCGAGUUGUCUGUGGUCCAUUGUGGGCGCGUGUAUACAUCUACAUGCAUGCACUUUUCAGUUUAUUAUUUGGCGACAAGCUUUAAAAUAUACGUACUACGUUGUUAAAUGAUUAAA